AUGGGACCGAAGGGUGACAAGGGCGUCUGCACGAAUUUGGCUCUGCCCGGCUCGCCGAUGUCCGGCUCGCAAAUGAUGGUCUCCGGCCCGCCCGGACCGCCAGGAUUGCCUGGACAACCCGGCAAACCGGGUCGUGACGGGCUGAACGGAUUGCCGGGGCCGAAAGGCGAACGUGGACUGCCUGGAUUUGAUGGGGAGAGUAAGGUGGGACCCAAAGGAGACCCGGGCGAACCUGGCCGAGAUGGAAUGCCAGGACCCCGUGGCCCGGCCGGCGAGCGAGGACCAAAGGGAAAACCCGGCCUCCCCGGCCCGCCCGCCUCGAACCAGUUGGGCAACACCGACGAGCUGUUGCGCGAGCUGAUGCCCGCGAUCAAGGAACAGUUGACGGAGAUCCGAGUGAAACACGGAUAUCCGGGACCGCCGGGACCCGCCGGGCCCUCUGGACCUAUUGGUCGUGCCGGCGCACCAGGACCCAAAGGAGACCCCGGAGUGAUGGGCCCGCAAGGACCGCCCGGACCUAGAGGGCCAUCCGGUGAACCGGGCGAGAAGGGCGACCAGGGCAUCCCGGGGCUCGACGCACCAUGUCCGAUUGGGCCCGAUGGACUGCCGAUGGAGUUCUGCGCCUGGAAGAAUGGAGAUGGCUCAAACGUGCGCACGAAUUACGGG